GAAAAGAAAGAGAAUGUGAGAGAGAAAAAAGUGAGAAACCACUAGAUGGCAGUUAGAACUAGAAUUCUGUACCUGUGAUGUUGUUAUUCUGAGUGUCAUCCCAGUAAAGAAAUGAAUUCUCUGCGAUCAACCAGGAAAUUUAUUUUUCUCUUGUUGAUUUCUGUUUUUCUCAUUGGAUUUAUGUACCAAUACAAUGUUCCAACUUGCUUAGUGUCAACAAGUUCCCUUAAUUUAAGUAAACAAAAUGCUCUCCAAUCACAAGUGCAACAACCUUCUUCCGGUGGUGAUCCACUUUCAUGGUCAUCAUCAGGUAAACUCUACUCAUCGCUCAUAUCAGAUUCUUCAGCCUCGUCCAGUGACUUGACAGUGACGCCAAUCAACCGGGCGAUUCCACUCAUAUUCAUCGGGGGAAUGCCCCGUUCGGGUACAACUUUGCUUCGCGUCAUCUUGGACGCUCAUCCGGACGUCAGGUGUGGGGAAGAGACUCGGGUAAUACCUCGUCUACUUGGUAUUCGAGCUCAAUGGAUGAAGUCACCCUUUGAGUCGCGUCGACUACAAGAAGCAGGUAUUACCCCCGAAGUCUUGGACAGUGCAAUUUCAGCCUUUAUCCUGGAGAUUGUCGGUAAACAUGGGCCACCCGCUCAAAGGCUGUGUAACAAAGAUCCGUUUACUCUGCGAUCGGCGGUUUACCUUAAGAAACUGUUCCCCAAUUCAAAGUUUAUCUUCAUGAUUCGCGAUGGACGUGCAGUUGUCCAUUCGAUCAUCACUCGAAAGGUCACCAUUUCGGGAUUCGACCUGACCGACUAUCGUCAAUGUAUGAAAAAGUGGAAUAGUGCAAUGCAAGCGAUGCAUAAUCAGUGUGAAACUUUAGGACCAUCUUAUUGUUUGCCCGUUUAUUACGAGCAAAUGGUGUUACAACCAGAAUUAUGGUUGAGAAAGAUUCUUCAAUUUCUUGAUGUGCCUUGGAAUGAUUCUGUCCUUAACCAUGAGAAAUUAAUCAAUAAACCUGGUGGAAUAUCACUUUCCAAAUUGGAAAGAUCAACAGAUCAAGUAAUCAAACCGAUCAAUGUUGAAGCUCUAAGUAAAUGGGUCGGUCAUAUGCCCGAAGAUGUGGUUCGGGACAUGGGCUCAAUCGCUCCAAUGUUAUCGGUUCUUGGUUAUGAUCCCUCAGCUAAUCCACCGGAUUAUGGUAAACCCGAUGCCUUUGUAGUUAAUAAAAUGAAAGAUCUUUCCCAGAAUCGUAAGGAAUGGGAAGAGAAAGAGAAAGAAUUAUUGAAAGUUCGUCAAUCCAUCCAAAGUGAUCUAAUUAAACAGAGAGGUUCAUCUAAAGGUUUAUCAAGGGAAGACUCGGACAAUGAAAUUGGUCAAAGUAUCGGCUAUCGAUUAACAAAGGAACAAUCAUCUUCUAAGGAUAGUUAGCAAUGAAUUAAGAGAAUCAAGUUAAUAUUGACCAGAGAAACAACAACAACCAAACAAACAAAGAAAGAAACAAUUGAUGAUAAUGAGAGAGACAAGAAGCAAAAUCUAGAUCAAUAUUUGAAAAUUUAUAUUAUUCUUUUAAUAGAAUCCAUUUGAUAUCCCAAAUAUAUAAAUACAUCAACAAUGAUGAUGAGUGAAGACUAAUAGAAAAGAGGAAGGAAGAGAAAAUGAUGAUAAGAUGAUGUUUAAUAAUAACAUUUCCAGUUGAGAGUAAACAACAAAAGAUACAAUAGGAUUUUGAGCUUUAAUCUAAAGACCAGAGAACGAUUUUAUUAAUAUAACUAAUAAUGAUAUCGAUGAAGAAGAUGAUAAAAUUAAUGAUAAAUUUUCUCAUCAUCGAAGCGAUUAAGUUGUGAUUCUCAAAUAUAUAAGUGAUGAGGAUAAAACGAGAGAGAGAGAGAGAGAGUCAAUAAGUGUCUCAAUUAACUGAUUGAUUGAUUAAUUUAAUUUGCUAACUAUCUGAUAGAAUGAUUCUGUUUCCCUUACCACAAAUGAUUAAGAAAUUUAAAAGCAAAGUAAAGAGAAAUUAAAACAAAAAGUAUAACAAUUAACUACAAAGUUCCUGAUCUUGGAUUAACCACCAACGAUAAAAUUGAUAAUAAGCUAAUUGCGAUCAUCAAAUGGACAACAAUUGAUCCAAAUGAUACAAAGAAGAAAAAAAAAUCAACCAAAACCAACAAGUGAAUCAUCAUCAUCACCUAAAUGAUGAACUGAAUAUUAAUACAUUGAACUGAAUAGGAAAAUGAUGAUGAUGCUCUUACAUUCAAUUUCAUAUGAUCUACAUUCAUAUUAAUGGGCUCACCUGACACAAAUUAUAUAUUCAUGUGAAUAUCUUGAUUCCCAUUGAUGAAAAUGAUGAUGAUUCAAAUCAUCUACAGAACCAUCAAUAGUUUGAACAACAUUUACAGGGUGCGAACAAAGGAAAAUUCAUCUUCUUCUUUAUUCAUCUGAUGCAUUUUCUUUCAUCAUGUUGACUCAUGAAUUACCUGGUUUGUUGUUCCUCUUAUUUUGUUAUGUCAUUCAGAUUAACUUUUAAUACAUUAUCAUGUUACCUUGCAUGUUGCCCACUUGUUCAUCUGCAAACUGACCCAUGUCUUCAUCUUCAUCUUCAUCUUCAUCAGUCUCUCCCAAUUCCUCCUACAUAUCAUGAAAUAUUUAUGUAAAUGAUGAUAUUCUCAUUCUGACUCUCAAUCUUCAGUCUGAAUUUGGAACCAAAAAAAAAACAAUCAACUGAACAUUUUUUCCUUUAUAUUUCUGAUAAUUAGGAAAAGAUGAUAAAUAAUUAUGACCUCGUGAUGAUGAUGAUAAUUAUCAUGAGCAUUUAAUUGUUCCCAUUUUAUCAUUUACAGUUGGACUUAUUUCAAUGUUGACAGAUGAAGAGAGACAGAAUAUUUAUCAUCCAGAACUAUCAUCAUAUUCAUCUAUUCCUCCUUCAUUGUUACCAUUUACGUAGUAUAGGAGAGAGAGAGAGAGAGUGAGUUAUAUGUGAAUUUUUCACCCUGAAAAUUUGCUAUUCAAACAAACUGAGAGGAUUGAAGAUGGCGAUGAUGAGGAAGAUGAGAGAUGAAGUUUUGUUCAACAAAAAAACGAUAAUCAAAAAGUUGAGAUGCUUUUUAUUAUUCAAAAGGAUGAAGAUGAGAAGGAAAAAGAUGAAGGUUAACUGUAGAUGGUGAUGAUGAAUUUAUCCAUGUAAGAGAUUCUCAAUUAAGUUACUUUGUUAUUAUUUAUCCUCUUUCAACAUCCUGAUGAAGAUGAAAGAAGAUGAAGAUUUGGAAGAAAAAGUUUAGGCAAAGAAAGAAGAUGAAAAAAAUCUCAUGACAAAAUUUUCAGUCAACUCUUCUUCCUUUAUCUUCCAAACUCAUCCUCUUUCCUGUCUCUCUCUCUCUCUCUCUCUCUGUCUCUCUAUCUCAUUGAUUUCUCAUCUUCCAUCUCAAUCUUUAUCAUCAUCACACCACUUCACCUUUUGUCAUCCAUCUCUCAUCUUUAUAUCUAAUUUUUCAUCAUCCACACUUUCCCACCGCAUCAUCAUCAUCUUCUCUCUCUCUCUCUCUCUCUCUCUCUCUCUCUCUCCUCCCACUCUUCAUCUGAAGAGAUCAAAGAAACAAAAAGCUUCACUGUGAGAUACUAAUCGUUAAUAUUAAGCGAAAACAAAACAAAAAAAGUUCUAAAGCCUUAAACAAAACGCUACCAAAAAAAGAAAACAAAUAAAGUCGAUAAUGUGAGUUGAUUAUAAUCCAUGAUAUUUAAUCUGUUUCAUCCUCUCGACUACAGGGUUGGUGUAUUAGAAUUUGUAAUUACCCUUAAUUACCCAUUAGAAUAAAAAUGUUACAAAUAAUUCUGUAGACCGAAUCGAUAAUGUUUCUCAAUAGAGAAAAAAAAACCUUUUCUUGUUUUGUUUUGUUCCAUCAAAAUAUCACAAUCAAAACAUGUCAACCAACCAACUUCACUCUGAAUGACCACCACACCCAAAAAACUCAACAACCCACCUUUUAAAAAGCAGCACAAAAGUCAAGCUUGAAAAGAAAAUUAUCUCUUCUCUCUCUCUCACUCUCUCUCCCUUUAAUCCAUGGCUUAAAUCCUCAAUGAACCCAUGUCACAUUGAAGAUAAUGAUGAUGAUAUGACUUUGUCUUUCUCACCAUAAUCUUGAUGAUUAUCAAUUUUGUCUCUGUUGUUGUAAAUUGUAAAUUUGAUUACCAAUCAAAAUUCAUCAUCCACCAUGAUGUAAACUAUUCAUUGUCAUUUUCCACCCUACUCAUCCUCUUCCCACCCAAUUGUCAAUCAUAAAAGUCUAAGUAUUAAUUAUUAUCACUAUUAUAUAUUAUUUAUAAAAAGAAAACUAAAAAAAGUUAUUAAAACAAUUAUUUCAAAA